AUGGAGAAGUCGAUCGAUAUGAAAACGAUAGAGCGUCUUGAAAAAAAGGAAGAACAGCUGAGAAAAAAGGCGCUAAACGAGAAGGCAACGGAAAUUGCUCGCAAGCGAUACGAUCUGUUCAUCAAGCAUGGAGGAGAUCCGAAACAGUACUACACGAAACUGGGACUGGAUGGUCAAGGACCGGCCGUCAAACUGAGACAUGAUCCUCGCUUCCUCGAUUAUCUGGCCUUCUCAAAGCAUUGGGGAAAAAAGAGAGACAUUCUCUCUCCAGCGUGA